AUGGACGCAAGCUACCUGUCCCAGCAGGUCAACGGCAUUAUCGACCAGCUCCACGGCCUCUUUGACGAGAUUGGUGUAUCGAAUCAUGAGCGGGAAACCCGCGAAGAGGAGCUCUUCAAUGCUCUCUCCGAAGCCCUCCACAACCAGGUCCGCCUGGUGACCACCGAGAAGAAGAAUAUGGUUGAAGAAGCCCAGCGCACCAUCAGCGCCAUCCGCCAGAUGGAAACAUCCCUCGACGACUCCCGCUCUCGACGCGACUACGAUGCCGACGAAGACAUGCAGGUUACUUACCCACUGACCCGCUGUCUCCAGGUGCUCAAAGAAAAGCAUCUCCAGAUUAGCAAGAUUCACCGCGAACGAUUCGAACAAGUGCGGAAACUUGUCGAGGCUCUCGAGUCGUACUCAUCGCACUUGGAGAGCUCGUUUGUGCGCAUUGCCCUCCCUCCUACAGGACCUAACCAGUCCAUCCCCAUCAACUUUGACCUGUCACCGACGUACGUCGACAAGCUGGACGCCGAGUUCACGCGUGUUUACGAGGAAUACACCCGCCGUGUGGCGACCGUCAAGGCUCUUUCCGAAAACAUUAUCCAGCUGUGGGCGGAACUUGGCACCCCACAAGCCCAGACCGACGCCGCCAUCGUGAAGCACUAUCGCGACUCGCCCGAGCAACUAGGUCUGCACGAGAAUGAUAUUGCUCGCCUCCGCAGUCGACGUGAUAAGCUGUCCGACGAAAAGAAGGCACGGGAGAAGCGCCUCAAAGACCUCAAGGCGGCGGUCGAAGAUCUCUGGGACAAGCUCGGCGUCGAGGAGCACGAGAAGAAAGCGUUCCUGAACGGGAACCGCGGUUGUGGUAUUCGCCAGAUCAACGAGUUUGAAGACGAGCUGGCACGCCUCAAUGAGCUCAAGCGCCAGAACCUGCCGACGUUUGUUGAAGAUGCCCGCUGUCGUCUCCAGGAGCUGUGGGAUGUACUGUAUCUCUCAGAAGACGAGAUGCUUGAGUUCACGCCUGCCUUUUCUGAUGUCUACAGCGAUGCUCUUCUCGAAGCGCACGAGCGCGAGAUUGCGCGUCUCGAGGCCCUCAGAGAGCAGCGCGCCCCCACACUCGCCAUGGUCGACCGCCACCAGACCUUGGUCAAGGAACGCGACGACUUGGCCGCGUCAAGUCAGGACGCUUCGCGCCUGAUGAUGCGUGGCCAAAAGGGCGAGAAGCGGGACCCCGGCAAGCUCCUGCGCGAAGAGAAGACCCGCAAGCGCAUUGCCAAGGAGCUGCCCAAGGUGACUGCGGAAUUGCGAAAGGUACUCGAGGCCUGGGAGGACGAAUACGGACGUCCUUUCCUAGUGCACGGUGAGCGCUACCUCGACACAGUCUACGAAGGCUCUGCCCGGCCCUCUGCUGCCUCUUCGGCAGCCUCAGCACCGCGGUCCAAGACACCGGCCAAUCCACCAGCGUCAGCCGCUGCAUCUGCAGCCAAGAGUACAAUAAAACGCGCUCCGGCCUCAGCGGUUGUCCCGGCUAGGAACAUCCCGUCCAGAGCUGGUGCAAAGACGCCUGUCGCACCUGGAACAGCCAGCGGCCUGCCGAAGCGCACCGACACUGUGUCGUCCAUCGCAACGGCAAAUGGUAGAACGAGCCCAUCACGCAUCCCGGCGGCGACUUCAAAGGUUCGCGCGCCACUGGGUACACUUAAGCAUGGAGGCAACUCGCCUGAGCGGCCACGGGCAGUCCCUGCAGCGGAUACACGGUGUGCGAAUAACGGUGGUGAUCUGGUACGGCAAGCACCAUCCCUGAUGAUGGCACCGCCACCAAAGAUGCGCGAACUUGUGCGUGUACCCCAGCUUGAGACUCCGGCGAACCCAUACCGGGGAACGAAUCUGGGAUCGAGCGUCAACGUGCGUCACAUUGAACCAGAAGAUGUUUACGACGAACGUUUUGACGACCGCUACGACGACCGCUACGUAGACCGCAGUCUGAGUAGCCAAGCGCAUAGCGUGCGACCACAGUCACAACAAUCUUACUCGUCUCAGCAGUACCGUCAACAACAACAGCAACUCCAGCAUACCGGUUCAGUGAGGCAUAUUUCCAACACAUCAACGGCCGUGUCUGGGUCUGAGAAUUGGGAGACCUACGACGAUUACUCGGAACCGGAACCGGAUGCUUCAGAAGGCUACUACGCCAAGAUGCGAGCGGCGCGCGGCAAGCGUAUGACCCCAGAAGCUGGGUUCGGAAAUGCUCGUCCUACAUCGAGCAUGGCGAACAAGCGGAUGCGUGGCAUUCCACCACCCUCGUCUACACCAUAUGCUGGCCAUGUGAUGAUGGACGCGGAAGGAAAUCGCAUUGCGUCCGGUAGCGAAUGGACCGACGAGGAUGCCUUCUAA